CAGUAUUGCUACCCUCCUGCGCUGGUGGUGGUGGUGGUGGUGCCUUCAGAGCUGGGUGACCAGAGAGUGGCUGAGGGCCCAGCUCUGCAGGCAACAGCGCAGAAAUAAGGGGGUCAUACCAUACCACACCAUACCACCCUUACUUCUGUACUGCUGCUGGCAGCGGCUCUGGCUUCAGAGCUGGGCUCCUGGCCAGCAGUCGCCACUCUCCAGCUGGGGUCAUACCACCCUUACUUCUGCACUGCUGCUGGCAGCGGCUCUGGCUUCAGAGCUGGGCUCCCGGCCAGCAAUCUCCACUCUCCAGCUGCCCAGCUCCGAAGGCGGCACCGCAGAAGUAAGGGUAGCAGUACUGCAAUCCCCCCACCCCACACACACGCGCGCUCCCUUUUGGGUCAGGACCCCUACCAUUACAACACUGAGAAAUUUCAUAUUUAAAGAGCUGAAAUCAUGAAAUUUGCAAUUUUUAAAAUCCUGUGACCAUGAAAUUGACAAAAAUGGAAUAUGAAUUUGGUAGGGCCCUAGUUAUUUACAUUGAGUUUUAUAAAACUACCUAAAACUCAGUGGAAUUGGCAUUAGACAAACAAGGUGGAUGAGAUGAUAAUUAUUGUAGCAUCUUCUGUUGGUGAGAGAGAUAAGCUUUUCAGUUUGCACAGAGCUCUUCAGGUUUCAGUCUCCAGAAUUUGUGUGGGCUACCAACAGGCUCCAUCUGAGUCUGCCAGACCUGAAGAAGAGUUCUGUGUAAGCUCAAAACUUCUCUCUCUCUCUGUCACCAGCAGAAGAUGAUCCAGUAAAAGAUAUUUUCACCCCCCUUGUCUUGCUAAUAGCCUGGGACCAACACAGCUACACUAACACUGCAUACAUGGGUUUGGCAUGACACAUGAAAACGAUUGCUCUCACUGCUGCUUGGAAGCUGCAAUUAACUAAAAUUGUCUGAGCAGUACAUGUUUGUAUUACAGGUUGUAUAGUGCUUCAGAGAGAAUCCCCACAUCAUUCCUGUAAGGGAGAGAUCCUCCCUGGCUACAGGUUAGGGAAACUGCCUUGCCCAAAGGCAACCUUCCUAUACCUCAAACAGUUGUUGAAUGGCAGCACUGGGAUUAAUGUAAAGUUCUUGUGUCUAAGUCCUGUCCUCAGCCCCAUUCUCAGAGUCAGUAUAUUGACCCCUUCCAGCAAAGUAUAAAUGUUUUCUGAAGAAAAUGUAAAGGGGUGUGUGGUUUAUUGGUCAAAGCGAGAAAGUCAAGACUGAAAGGUCCUCUUCCUGGUUCUGUCACCUGGGACCUUGGGUGCAAGUUACUUCACUUUGAUAAAGGAAACAUAAUCCUCAGGCUUGAGAGAAACAACUGUUUUUAUUAUUUUAAAAGAAAAGAAAGGUACGAGUGUUCCUGUCUCUGAGCCCUAGCGGCUUAGUUCUCAGAUGCCUCCUUAGGCAUGUUGAUACUGAGGCCUGCCAGUUGCUUCAGCUAUCAAAGCCCACGUGCUUCUUACCAACCCUCCCAGGCCUCUGCCCCAAGUAGCUCAUCCGUAACCUUGCACUGCUUUUCAACCUUAUUUAUUGGCUUGCCUUGUGGCAACCAUCAGUCUCUGGGCUUUCAAAUGAAAUGUUCCAACCCACAAAGGCCUCUGUUGUCCCUCUGUGUCCCCAACACAUUUGCUGGCUCCAGGAUCAGCCUUGUGCUCUGAAUGGCAAAACCCUGCCUCCUGCACAGUUUGUCCCUUCAGUGUAAAUGCUGUGCUUCUCUCUGACCUCUUCGUGCCUUUGGCUCUGAGGCACUGAUACUUUGUGCCACUCAAGCCAGCCUUCACUGUGACUGGCGGGUGCCACCCCAGGGCCCACAGCAGUAAUGAUCUCCCUGCUUGUCUCCCAUGGCCCUCAAAGCGCUUUGAAAAGGGGCUCAGCCAUCGCCAAGAUCGUGGGCCGCAAUGCAGCCAAGCUGGAGCAGUUUGACACCACGGUGAACAUGUGGGUAUUUGAGGAGGAGGUGGGUGGGAAGAAGCUCACCGAAAUCAUCAACACGCAGCACGAGAACAUCAAAUACCUGCCAGGGCACAAACUGCCGCCCAAUGUGGUGGCGGUACCAGACCUGCUGACGGCCUCAGCUGGGGCAGACAUUCUCAUCUUCGUGGUGCCCCACCAGUUCAUCGGCAAACUCUGUGAGCAGCUCAAGAACCAUGUGAAGAAGGAGACCAUCGGGGUGUCGCUCAUCAAGGGGGUAGAUGAGGGCCCAGAGGGGCUGAAGCUGAUCUCGCACGUUAUCCACGAGUGGCUGGGCAUCGAGAUGAGCGUCCUGAUGGGGGCCAACAUUGCCAAUGAAGUGGCGGAGGAGAAGUUCUGCGAAACAACCAUUGGCUGCAAGAACCUGGAGCAUGGGCAAAUCCUGAAGGAGCUGAUGCAGACGUGCAACUUCCGGAUCACUGUGGUACCGGAGGCUGACACUGUGGAGAUCUGCGGGGCCCUCAAGAACGUCGUAGCUGUAGGGGCUGGUUUCUGUGAUGGCCUGAGCUUCGGGGACAACACCAAGGCAGCUGUGAUUCGCCUCGGGCUGAUGGAAAUGAUUACCUUUGCCAAGCUCUUCUGCAAAGGCCCUGUCACCUCGACCAUCUUCCUGGAGAGCUGUGGGAUCGCCGACCUUAUCACCACCUGCUAUGGUGGCAGAAACCGCAGGGUGGCUGAGGCCUUUGCCAGGACUGGGAAGUCCAUUGAGCAGUUGGAGAAGGAGAUGCUGAAUGGACAGAAGUUGCAGGGUCCCCAGACGUCCGCCGAGCUGAACCACAUCCUCAAACACAAGAAUCUGGUGGAGAAGUUCCCCCUCUUCACUGCUGUUUAUCAGAUCUGCUACGAGGGCAAACCCAUCGCUGACUUCAUCAACUGCCUCCAGAACCAUCCUACCCACAUGUAACUAGGCCCGAACCGCUGAAACGGGGAGAAAGCCACUGACGCAGCAUGAGCCUUCAUGUACAGAGACACUGGAUCCUCCAUGAGCCAUGGCAGACCAUGAGUAAGGGGGGGUCCUUUCCAUCGCCCUGGGGCUGGGUAGCCCUCAGCCUGGCGAUGCUCUCUUGAUUCUAUAUGAAGGCACCAAAUUAAACUCCCUCCUUCUCUGGGGUGUCUAAAAUUUGCUGGCCCCCAGGAUAUCCUCCUUGGGGAGGACAUGGCAUCAUAUUCCUCAUCAGUGAUGCAACUGGUGCUGUUCACUGUGCGGCUCUUCUGGGCUUCCUUCGUGAGCUGUCUGUAGAUGAAGCAUUUGGAGGUUGCUUUGGCUGUGAGGACAGUCUACUUUUGCGCGCUGUAUCCCUGACAGGGGCUGCCUGGCAGGGCAAAAGUCCCUUGUUGUCUGCUGCAGUGGUAGUUUGUUACUAUUUUUUUUUAGCUUACCCUCCCCGCAGCGAGGGACUGAGAACAUGUGCGGACACCUGCCAGAUUUUAUCUGUCCACUGCCAAACUCUUUAUGAUUUUAAAAGGGGUCAUUGAUCUUCAUUUGUAUAAUCAGCCCCAGGGCAUAGGAGCACCUGCACAUGAAACACUGCUCCCCAAAGUCUCUUCCAUUGCCUUGGUUCCAGCCCAGCCCUGAUUGUGACACUGCCAGGACCCAAUCAAACUGGUGAGGGUGAAGUCUCAUUUUUGUGCCAAGAUAACUCCACAGGUGUCAAAAGGCAGCUUCCCAGGGCUGUGUCCACUGCAGAUUGUUAGAAGCAGCCAAAGGAAGUUCUUUGGCCUUUUACUCUGCAGCUCAAAGCAAACCCCACUGGAUACUCAGAUUCCUGAAUCCUCUCCUGUCCCCUGUGACUCUUGGGCCACUCUGCCUUGCAGCUCCCUGUUGUGUCCCAUGUAGCUCUUCGUCCCUUCUGAGCUUUGUGCAGCUCCUGUCUGGCUCGUGCAACCAAGGGACUCAUGUCCCUAAGUCAGAACUGCAGUGGGCUCCCCUACCUGGAUGGGUGGGUUGCUGGCUGUGAAUCUUGUUAGCACUGCACCUUCCUGAGCAAUUGGGCCAAGCUGCUUUUAAUCAAGAAAUGGGCUGGACCUGGAACAGCCUCCUGGCCCCCAGAGCAUCUGGAUUCUGUGCUUUGGGCCUGUCUCUGCUUUUACUUGUGUGCCUUGGAGGCUGCACCCUCCCUGAUGUUCCUUUUGCUCUUGCCUGUGGGCUCUUGACAGGCCCAGCUGGGGAGGCUGAAGCUGUCCACUAUAAUAGGGGCCAUCAGUUGUCAACUGAGCUGCAUUUCCCUGGAGUAACCCCUGACCUGGAGGCUGUGGGAGGGGAGACAUUCACCAGCACAAAGGGGAGCUGGGGUCCCUGUUGACUUUCAGUGGGCAUCAGGCACCUUGCUGCCCUAUUUGCCUUUGAAAAUGGCCCCUCAGCUAGCAAACCUGUUACAAGCCUGUCUGAACCCUGUCACAAAGCUGGAUAAUUGCUUGCUACAGCUUCACAAGGUUGUGGCCUCCCAGUGCCCCAGGCUGGGCUCAUGGGUGUGAGUGAGCAAAAUGCUCUCCCACCCCCAGCGCUGGAUUUGCCUGGUGUCUCUGGCUGGCUGAACAUGAAAGUACUUCGAUUGUGAAUGUUUAAUUAAAAUAAUAUGGGGACAUGAAAAAAAACCUCAGCCCCCAGUCUCUGCAGUCUCAUUCUGCUGGUGCUGGCUGGACCUAGGGCCAGUGCGAGGCCAGACUAGUGCAUCCCCACCGUCCCUUCUGGCCUUAAAAUCUCUGUGCUGUACCCCAGAGGGAUGGUAUAGAGCCCCUAGCGGAGGCAGGUACAGCUGAGUGGCAGGGCUGGCUGCAGGGUUCCAGUUUCUAACUGGUGCCUUGGCUGACUGCUGUGAUUCCAUUUCAUACGCUGGAUGGGAUGGACCCAAAGGAGCUGGGGCAAUUGAGAUCUUGCCGCCCACAAGGGAUUGGGCGGAGUUCUAGGAUACUGUUUCUGUGUCUCUCCAUAAGUGGGACCCAGGGGUGGGGCGGGGGAAUAGGGCUGGGACCCUGCAGUAAGAAGCUUGUGCAGCUGUAACCCCAGAGCCUAUUUCCACAGGCUCCUCUGACAUGCUGUCUUGCUGGUGUGUUCCUUGAGGCUUUAUUCUCCAUGCUGUUUUACCCCAGGACCGCUGGUUCCUCUUAGCAAAACUUGUCCAAGUACCUCCAGCUGGGUUGCCUCCCUGUAAAACACACCUUGUCCUAAGUGAGCUUUCCAAUCCCCCUCCCACCAAGCUUUAGCCAGGGGAACUUAAUCUGCUGAUACUACAGUCACUCUUGUGCCUUUUAUUAGAUGCUCAUUCUCUCCAGAUACCCUCUGACCUUUAGACUGAACUGACUGUAUAGAAGGCUGCCAGCUUCAGCCUCCUCCCGAUCCUGCUGGAGCUACAGAGAAGAGAAAGAACCUUACGCCCCUGCACCCUGACACCAGUCUUGGUGCUGGCUUUCUGCUCCUAUUGCCUUGGAGAUCUGAGAAGUCCAGCUCCUUUUGCAUGAGGUGCUUCUAUCAGAGAUCCCGCAUUAAUAUGCAGGAGGACUCUCCCACCCAGCCACAGCUGAGUCCCAGCGUCUCCCUCAGAGCAGUCUCUGAAUUACUCCAGCCUAGGCCCAUUGCAGGGUGGGAGGGUCUCUGAAAUGCUUCUCACCCUGCCCCAUAAGCUGCUCUCCAGUCCCCCUGCAAGCAGGCUUCUUACACCCUGGCCUUGCAUGCCCCAGAUCCCAGUGGUCCAGAUAUUGCAGUGCCUGAUGCCAGGCUGGCAGGGUGUGUGUAAGGAUGUGGCUGCAGCAGCUUCUUUUACAGGUAGGUGCUUCCUGUAUUCCCCAGGUUGCCUUGUCACAUCCAGUAGUGGAGGGUUUUUUAGUAGCGAGGGCUGAACUUGAUGUGCUAGCACUGAGCAGCUUUACCUGGGAUGUGGCUAGCUUGGUCCUACCAUCAGACUUCACUGCAGGUGUGACAGAGCCCAAAUCCCCUGGGGCAAGGAUGGGCAGAGCUUGUCUCUGAGAGCCUCACUGUUCGUGGGGAAAAGCUCCCCUCCCCUGCCCUGCCCAGCUGCUGGAGGUCGCUGGCUAUAAAAAGUCUCCCCUUUGCCAUUUGGAGUUAUGUUCUGCAGACACAGCACACGUCAAAGGGCACUCUGGAUGUCAGUGCGGCUCCAAGAGCUGCAUCUGUUCUGAUCCCAGGUGCGGGGGGGGGGGGGGAUCUUUACUUGCCAGCAGACCCAGAAAUGAAGCAAGCAGGGAAGCAGCCUAAGCAUUUCCACUCUCAGUUUGUCUGUGGCUGCGAGGGACUUUCAAGUUGGAGCAAACUUUUAUGAAGUCAGCACUAGGGUGCUAGCCCUCAGGCUGCAGGGCUAGCAGCAGUGAGCAUAUAUCCUUGCUGCUGGCCCUUUGGAGGAGCUAAGUCGGCAUCCUGGCAGCAUAGCAACUGUGGGUGCUGUGACGAAGCGGGACUGUUCUUAAUGUUUCCUCUGAAUAUUGUGGGGAUGCCUCAGUUUCCCCUAGGCAGUUCUUAAGUAUCUAGGGGGUGGGAUAAGGGUGUAUGAUCGUUGCAGAGCCCUAGAGGGCAGGUGUGUGCAGGGGUCUGGACACAGAGAAUGGCCGACACCCUGUUUCCUGGCAACUGAUGGCCUGGCCCUUCCACCCUGCAAGGUGAGAUCUAAAGAGUUGGAGAACAAAGGAAUCAGGUGACCUCCUGGCCCGGGAAAGGGACAAAGCCAUGGGGAGGAGGGGCUGGAGGGAGUUUCAGUUUGGGGCUGGCUGGGGACAUGCAGUGAAGUGCAGACGGGGUUGUCUGUCUUACUGACCCCCAAAAUGGACCCAGCUGAGGGGUCCUGUUCUCUGCACCCACAAGCUCUGUGUUAGACCAUGUUCCUGUCGUCUAAUAAACCUUCUGUUUUACUGGC